AUGAUCAUGAGCAGAGAUGGAGUGUUCUGUAUCUUCCAGCUAUUGCAGGCUGAAAAGAAUCAGUUCAAUAUCCGUGCCCAUGUUGAAUAUGACUGGCAGCCAAGCCAAGAGGAGAUGUUUGAAAGUGAUGAUGAAUUGGAUGAAAAGCCCUGUGUGGUGAAAAAAGAUCGCUUUCAUCGCCCACAAAGCUGCUACAAUCUUCCUGGGCCAGCCUCUCAGUCAUGGAAGAAUCCAGCCGACUUUUUCAGAGGAACCGGUCCAGCAUCCCAGGACAAAUUCCAUGACUUAUAUGCUACACCACAUGCCUCUAGAUCUGCUGAAACAGCAUCUCCUCCUACUUACACCUCUUCAGGCCCUCCACUGCCACCACGCAAUGCACCCAGAGCCCCCAGCUUCCCUCCGCCAUUACCCCCAACUAGCAACUCUGUCUAUCCUGUAGAUACAACAACUAAAAGAGCUAUGCCUCCACCUUUGACCAUUAGGCAUAAACGGACCUCUUCAGAGCCUCUCCCUUCAACACCACUGAAUCAUAGUCCUUCUGAUGAUUCUAGAUCUUUCUCACUUCCAAGGCGCUGCUCUCCAGAAGGAGCUUCUCCUAGGAGUUUGAG